UUGGUUUAGAAUUUGUUCAUGGUACUACAGAAUUGGGCAGACCAUGAUUGAUCGUACAUUCCAGCACAGUAGGUGGUGACGUGCACUUAAACGAUUGUUUGCGGACCGCUAUGAUAUCAUAGAAGAAGAAUUAUUAUUAUUAUUAUUAUUAUUAUUAUUGUUCAUCUGAACCGGGCGUGCGCACUGCGCUGUCACCGCCUGCGAAGCAACACCAACCCGUGCGCGUACUGAAAACAAGAUUGAUCCUGCCUGGUGAUAGGACAUAUCCCAGCAAAAACAUAACAUUUUAUCGCCUAUUUAGAUCACAGAACACGGACUUUGAGACAGAUCAUACAUAGAGGGUUAUAGUUUCUGAGGGUUGAAGUCUGAACGACUGACCGAGGGACCUGAGAACCUCCCUACACCAUCUCACCCUGUCUCACCCGCCUCCCUCAGAGGGAGAGAGCAGCCACUACAGCCAACAUGGUGCUGUCACAGAGACAACGAGACGAACUAAACCGAGCUAUAGCAGACUACCUACGCUCCAAUGGCUAUGAGGAAGCCUACUCCACCUUCAAGAAAGAGGCUGAAUUAGAUAUGAAUGAGGAGUUAGAUAAGAAGUACGCUGGUCUUUUGGAAAAGAAAUGGACCUCUGUCAUCAGAUUACAGAAGAAGGUGAUGGAGCUGGAGUCGAAGCUGAAUGAGGCCAAAGAGGAGAUCACUCUAGGGGGUCCGGUGGCCCAGAAGAGGGACCCUAAGGAGUGGAUCCCCCGUCCCCCAGAGAGAUACGCCCUGAGCGGCCACCGCUCCCCCGUCACACGGGUCAUCUUCCAUCCUGUCUUCUCCGUCAUGGUCACCUCCUCCGAGGACGCCACCAUCAAGGUGUGGGACUAUGAGGCAGGGGACUUUGAGCGGACACUGAAGGGCCAUACAGACUCUGUCCAGGACAUCUCCUUUGACCAGACGGGCAAGCUGCUGGCUUCCUGUUCUGCAGACAUGACCAUCAAGCUGUGGGACUUCCAGGGCUUCGAGUGCAUCCGCACCAUGCACGGUCAUGACCAUAACGUGUCGUCUGUAGCCAUCAUGCCCAACGGAGACCACAUAGUCUCCGCCUCCAGAGACAAGACCAUCAAAAUGUGGGAGGUGGCCACUGGGUAUUGUGUAAAGACAUUUACAGGCCACAGGGAGUGGGUGAGGAUGGUCCGGCCCAACCAGGAUGGUUCUCUUAUCGCCAGCUGUUCCAACGACCAGACGGUGCGUGUGUGGGUGGCAACCUCCAAGGAGUGUAAGGCUGAGCUGCGAGAGCACGAACACGUGGUGGAGUGUAUCGCAUGGGCCCCCGAUACCGCUCACCCUACCAUCCUGGAGGCUACCAGCUCGGAGAGUAAGAAGAAUGGGAAGUCUGGUCCGUUCCUUCUCUCUGGCUCUAGAGAUAAGACCAUCAAGAUGUGGGACAUCAGCACUGGCAUGUGCCUUAUGACUCUGGUGGGUCAUGAUAACUGGGUGCGUGGUGUGUUGGUGCACCCUGGAGGCAGGUUCAUAGUGAGCUGUGCUGAUGAUAAGACUCUGAGGAUCUGGGACUACAAGAACAAGCGCUGCAUGAAGACCCUGUGUGCCCACGAACACUUUGUUACCUCUCUGGAUAUGCACCGGACUGCUCCAUACGUGGUAACAGGCAGCGUUGAUCAGACAGUCAAAGUGUGGGAGUGUCGCUGAGUCUGCCUGCAACCUCCCUAUCCUCAUCCUCCUCUCUACCCCACAACCACCUCUUUUCCCACAAACUCACCGCAGCCUCCUCCUUUAUCCCCCCCAAACAGCAGCCCUAUAACCCCCCCCCCCCUUCCCCCCUAUCCUACCCUGUCUCUUUGACACUCACCUAAGCCCCACCUCUCGCACUCCAUACCAUGGUUACCCAGGCUCUCCGCCCUGCCCUGUUCAAAUAAAUAUUGUCCUUUUAUGUAAAUUAUUCUGGAUAUAGAGUACGCUUAAUAAAUGUUACACACUAACACGCACAUUCUCUCUCACACACACACUAAAAGAGAAAAGUAUUCCUUGCAUGGUGAAUUCACCCAAAACUUGUAUACUGUAAAUUUGCAUACCGUUGUCAUGACGUCCUGAUGGGGGUAAAUGGUUUGUGUUCUGUCCCAGUGGAUGCUGGGUAAUUGUGACACAGUGCACGCAACCCAAUCACGUAUGUCCUUUAAGGGUUUUAUUUAGUAUCUUGCCUCCGCUGUUAUAGUCUGACGCUACCUGGGAGAGAGGGAAGGAGAGGAGUGUGAAAGAAGGAAGAGAGGAUGAAGUGGGGAGGAGAAGGAGUAGAAUAAAAUAUGUGGGGGGGGGGGAUAGCGGGGGGGGAAAUAGAAAUGAACAUUUAGUCCUUUAGUUGAAGUGACAAAGUGUGUGCGCGUUUGUUCAUCGGCGUGCGUGCAAUGCGUACUGUACAUGUGUACAUAGGAUAACCUCUUAUCAUUAUCUCUCUCUCUCUGUGGUCGUCUGUUUAUACAGAUGUAGAGAAUUGUGUGGAGGCAAGGCUUCUAUCCCUCUGUUUUUACUCCCUCGCUUUCUGACUGACCGACUGGCUUCUAGUAGCUACUCAUAGGAGUAUGCUCACUAAGUUCUGUGCGCUCGCUCGCUAUUUCUCUCUUUCAUAUACACAUACACUCAUACUCACACAGAUGCACAUACACACGCACAGUAAAAUUGUGUAUCAAUAUAUCUGGAUGUCAUUGUUUGCACCAUAAUUAAAAAAUAAAAAUCUGUAAAUAUAA